ACUUUUUGGCGAGGAUUGGCUAGGGAGUGGAAAACAGCCUCCCAAGGUCCGCGGAGAGUGCGCGCUGGACGCCCGAGGUGGCCCUGCUCUGGGUUGGACUCGGCCUCCUCCCGCGUCCGGUGUGUUUCACCGGGGCCCUGAGUGUCUUCGCUCCCCGUGGCCUGGCCUGCUGGGCGGGGCGGAGGCGUCGCAGGGCCCGGAAGCCUACCCACCAGGCGGGACGGCGGCAGCUAGGUCUUGUGCUCUCGGCCUCGGAGGGUUUUGUUCGCCUUGCUGAGUCCCAGACGCCCCGUGAGCAAUCCCGAGUUUUCGCCAGACCGGGGAGCCUGAGAGAUACGGACCCUCAUCUCUCUCCCUGCGCCGGCACCCGGCCCAUCCGUCCUGCCGAGCAGAAACCAGCCCAAGUCACUGCCCAGUGGCAGGUCUUGGGCACCUUCAGCCCCACCUCCGGCCGCAGAGGACCCGGUGCUGUUUCAGGCUGGGCUCCCACCUGCUCCACCGCAUUUCCUUCCUCCAGGCCGUCCCCCCACUUCUGGCUGCUGGGUGUGCCUGGGAGGACCCUAGCAAAGCAGCCCUGGAGGAAGCCAGGACCCACGUCCCCAGUGGGUGGCUUCGGACAGAGCUAGCUCCAUUGCCCUGGGAUUAUGGUGUGCUAAUAAGUUUGGAAGCAUUUAAACAGGGAAUAGGAAAAUUAAAUACAUUUAGGUUGGGGAGAGUUGCUGACACCCCUUUCCUUCUCUUCAGGGCAUUAAUGAUUAUGUUUCUUGUGUUUGCAGGACAAGAAGGGGCUUUCUGGGAAACAGAAUAAUUUCGAGCGCAAAGCCGUGUAUCAGAGGCAAGUGAGGGCACCCAGUCUGCUGGCCAAAAGUAUUUUAGAAGUUCUCCUUGGAUUAUUCUCCAACUGUUACAAUGUACAUAAUGAGCCAUCUUUAGAAACUAAAAGUGACAUCAGCUCUAGGCUACCGUCCCAUACCAGCAGAGACUUAUGUGGGAGGGAGCUUACCUCUACCUCCCCCAGUAAGUGACCGGAUGAGGAAAAGGCGGGCCUUUGCUGAUAAAGAGUUGGAGAACAUUAUGCUGGAGAGAGAAUAUAAAGAGAGGGAGAUGUUGGAAGCUUCCCAAGCUGCUGCCUUGUUCCUGCCCAACCGCAUGGUGCAUGGACCUGAAUACAACUACAAAAGUGCCUACAGCCCUACCCCGGUGGAACCACCAAGCAAAGACUUCUGUAAUUUUUUGCCCACCUGUCUUGAUCUAACCAUGCAGUAUUCAGGGUCUGGGAAUAUGGAACUAAUUUCUUCAAAUGUCAGUGUGGCCACAACUUACAGACAGUAUCCUUUGUCUUCAAGAUUUUUAGUUUGGCCCAAGUGUGGCCCCAUUAGUGACACUCUCCUCUACCAGCAAUGCCUGCUAAACACCACCACCUCAGUUCAAGCCCUGAAAUCUGGGGCCAGCUGGGACUUGAAGGGAGUACAAGUCCAGGAUGGACUCAGUGCCGAACACGACGUGAUGCCACCCAAAUUGGAAGGCUCUCUGGUGCUGCCUCACACUCCCGAGGUCCAGACCUCAAGAAGUGACCUUCAGGGUCACCAGGCUGUCCCUGAGAGGUCUGCGUUUUCCCCACCCCAACGGAAUUUCUCUCCAGUUGUUGACACGGACUCCCUGGCAGCUCAAGGGCACAUCUUAACCAAGAUCAGCAAAGAAAGCACCAGGCACCCUCUGCCACUUAAACAUAAUCCAUUCCACUCAUUAUUCCAGCAAACUCUUAAUGACAAAUCGGGUCCUGAGUUGAAAACACCAUUUGUCAAAGAGGCCUUUGAAGAGGCCCCAAAGAAACACAGAGAGUGUUUAGUCAAGGAGAACCAGAAGUACACAUUUACAAUAGAUAGAUGUGCAAAAGACCUUUUUGUAGCCAAACAAGUUGGAACAAAACUCUCUGUGAAUGAACCGCUGUCAUUUUCUGUUGAGUCUAUUCUCAAGAGGCCUUCAUCUGCCAUCACUCACAUCUCUCAGUGAAAGCCUGCUGAAAUGGAAAGCUGGAUUUUCUGCACUCUCAGAGGGUUCUUACCAGUUGCUAAUUUUUUUUUAAAGAAAAAAGUUGAGAUGUUUGUAUAAAGAAAUUUCUAAUGUAAAUGAUGGCGAUUAAAAGAUUUAUAUUCGUAUGCAUGUACUUCUCACCACAUAUUUAAACUUAAAGUUGGAAAUUGCUCAUGUGCAAAUUGUAAAGUUUCACACUUUACACAUUAUUUCGAAAGCAAUAAAAUUGACACUGCCUUAUAAAAGACCCAGUAUUUGUUGAAGUAAAUAGUUGUCUCUGUGGUGAAAAAGCUAGUGUCUGUGAAAUGUGAUCUUUAUUUUUCUAUGAUUCUUUGUAUUUUCAAGUGUUCUUAUUGUUUGCUGGGGGCCACAGGAGAACCUUUAUAAUGCCUUA